AUGCCGGCGAAAAUAACAGAUGAUGAGAAAAUCCCGAAGAUUCCAAAUCUCGAUGUGGCUCAGUGGAAAUUCUUCUUGAAAUCGCAUCCGAACUGCGCAAAGACCGAGGAGAAACUCAUGGCUGAAGUGAAAGCCAAAGAAAUGGCGCCUUUCUACGCGGACAUGUGCGCCGAACUGGAAAGAACACCUGACAAGAAGAUCUUAUCCGAUCUCAAGGCGAAAAACAAGGAACAGCUCAAGAAGCUCGACGAAAAGAUUGAAGCCGCUGGACAAGUCGAAGGCGACGUCAGCACAGACGUCCGCGAUGCAAUGAUCGAAAAGGCUACGUAUUACUCGCAAAUCGGCGAUAAAGAAGAAGCUCUCGCUCUUUACAAGAAAGUUCUCGCCCUGGAGAAGAACGUCACGCUUGGUAUUCGACUGGACUUGACGUUUGCGAUUCUUCGAAUUGGACUUUUCUACAACGAUAGAAAACUGAUUACAGAAAACGUCGAAAAAGCAAAGAAAAUGAUCGAUGAAGGUGGCGACUGGGAUCGACGAAACAGACUAAAGGUGUACGAAGGCCUCUACUGCAUUACGAUCAGAGAUUUCAAACGAGCUGCUGAGCUCUUCCUCGGCGCAGUGGCGACAUUUACCUCCUACGAGCUCAUGGAAUACGAAGAGUUUAUCCGCUACGUUGUAAUUGUUUCUAUGGUCGCCCUUCCUAGACACCAGCUCUGGAGCGAUAUUUUGAACGGGUCCGAAAUCCUAGAAGUGCUCCACUCCGACCAGGCUUCGAAGCAAUACGCGCUCGCCUUCUACAAUAGUCAGUUUGAUAAGUUUUUCCGUGGACUCGCCUUCGUUGAACAGGACCUGAAAAACAACCGAUUCACCCACGAGCAUUACAAAUAUUACACGAGAGAAAUGCGCAUUCUCGCUUACAAUCAACAACUAAAGGCUUACAACUCAAUGAGUCUCGAAUACAUGUCAAAAGCAUUUGGAGUGAGCGUCAAAUUUCUCGAUCGAGAGCUUUCGAAUUUCAUUACGGCCGGCAGAAUCCACGCCAAAAUAGACAAAGUGAACGGAAUUAUCGAAACGAACCGUCCCGACGCCAAGAACAAGCAAUACCAGGACGUUAUCCGCAAAGGCGAUCUACUCCUCAACCGUGUCCAAAAACUUUCCCGAGUUAUUAACAUUUAA